AUGAGGCUUAUCGAAGAAUUCCGGCCGCUAUUUCAGAACUAUGUCGUCUUCACCAAAUCCAUCUUUUUCAUGCUAGGCCUGAUAUUAAGCUACAAGUUAGUGGAGAACUCGGUUCUCAGCGUCUUGAUCACUCAUCUCACCGAUGCGUGGGGGGAGGAUCAGUACGACCUCCGGAAAGCCGCCAUGGUCGUGAAUUUGCAAGAGGGAAUGGGAUCUGUUUCAGUAGUUUUUUUCGUUUAUCUAGCCGAUGUUCGCACUGGCCGCUUCAACAUGGUGGUUUUUGCCACUGCAUUUAGCAUUGUUGGAUUGUGGCUCAACUUUCUUGCAUCUAGAAAUGAGUAUGAUGGGAAGGUUAGUUUGGGGUUACUCUACCUUGGGCUGGGGUUAUUGACUUUUGCGCAAGCUGCAUUGUCAGAGACACUUGAAGCGUUUCUUGAAGAUCAACUUCGGCUUACGGGUGUCGAUGAGGAUCUGAGGAUAGGUCGCAAAAAAUUCUGGUGGAAAUUGGUUUCCUUUGUUGCUGCCAUCGUCUCUCUGUUUGGGCUUAGUCUACUUGAGUUUGGAAUUCUUACACUAGUAUUAGCUGCUGUGAUGUGGGUUUGCUUCAUAGUGUUCUUGUUGGGUAGCAAUUACUACCACCAUGAAGAAACAAUCGAAAACCAAUUUAAAGAUGUCGGAAUCGUCCUCGCCAGAGCCUACACAAACAGAUCAUUCCACAGUGAUACGGAGAUCCCGCCCCACGUUCCGUGGUUGAGGAGGUUAGACAGGGCAGUAAUUGCCCAUGGAACGGAGACAAACAGUUGUACUGCUGCACAAGUUGAAACUGUGAAAUAUUUGUUUAAGAUGCUUCCGAUGUGGUGUUGUUUCCUUGCUUUAAGCCUGGUUGCUGCUUCUGGCAGCACCUUCUUCUUCGAAGAAGCCAAUCCUCUUGCCAACGAUAGUGUUGCUGAAAACGAUAAUAGCAUCCUCAUCUUAGCCAAUGUGGUUCGAUUCACAAGUUGGAUGGGGUCUGAAUCAUCCAGUUACUUCAUCAAGAAACUUGGGGAGAGAAUGAAAUUCAAACAACAGAAUAUGGGGUUGGUGAAAAUUGGUGUGGGGAUGUCGUGUUGCAUGCCGUGCUGCCUCGUUGCUUGGGGGCUUAUAUCAAACAGGCGGAGUGGCGUUACACAAUUUAUUUUACUGGGACUCAUGCAAGGGCUCUCUUUAGAUGGUCUCGAAUCGUUCUACAAAUCACGUGUUCCUGGGAGUUUGUUGAGUUUUGGGCUGCCAUUUGGAGAGUUGGUGAUGGGGAUAGGUAAAUUUAUGAGCAUACUUUGCAUUCUCAUUUUCAGCAUGACGUCGUUUAGAUGGUUCGCGAAGGAUAUCGAUGCCAGUCGCCUCGACAAAAAUGACCCCUGGCCCUUACAAAGCGUAGACGUGGAGAUGGGCCUUGAUGUUGAGCAGAGUGAUGCGCAGCUUGAAGAUGUGGUGUCUCCAUCCGUCGAGAGUGGCUGUGAUGAAGCUGGUGACGCUACCGCAGAUAGGUCAGAAAUUGGAGAAGAAGGGGAAGCGGAUGAUGUUACAGCAGAUGGCAAAGAAGCAGCGGCGGAAACACAUGAAGAUCCACUCUUGGGCUUGUCGGAUCAAUCCACUAGGAAUCCUACUGUGAAUAUUCAUGCGUUGCUGCGAGCUGUCACGGUGAUUUCACGGCUAUCCUCAAGAGUGGCUCGUAAACGCACCAACUCAAAGAAUGAAUAG